AUGUCUAUCCAAGUUUGUGCAGCAGCUCAAUCACCAAAUGCCAAGCCUGAAAUUAUUCGGCGGACAGCAAACUUCCCACCAAGCAUUUGGGGUGAUCGGUUUCUCAACUAUGAUUCCCAAGACAUUAUAACAAAUGCCCGGAACCAACAAGAAGUUAACGAGCUGAAAGAAGUAGUGAGGAGAGAAGUAUUAACAACUAGUGCAGGUGACUUUUCACAUCGGCUCAAGUUUAUUGAUGCAAUCCAGCGCCUUGGCGUGGCAUACCAUUUUGAAAGUGAAAUUGAAGAAGCAUUGGAGCGUAUGCAUGCUGCAUUCCGUGACCAUGAUGGAGAUCUAUACAACGUUGCUCUUGGUUUCCGGCUACUAAGACAACAUGGAUAUAAGGUUUCAUGUGAUGUGUUCAAGAAGUUCAAAGACGAAAAUGGCAGCUUCAAGGAAUGCUUAAUUGCCGAUGUUCCGGGGAUGCUAAGCCUUUAUGAAGCCGGGCAUCUAGGCGUACGGGGAGAAGAAAUACUAGAUGAAGCUCUUGCUUUCACCACCACUCACCUUGACUCUGCUGCAAAAGCUCAUGUAAGCUACGAACAUGCAGAACAAAUCACUCAAGCCUUGGAGAGACCUUUGCGAAAAGAUCUAGAAAGGGUAUGUGCCAGGCGUUACAUGUCAAUCUACCAAGAUGAAGCUUCACACAAUGAAGCUUUGUUGAAACUUGCGAAGUUAGACUUCAAUCUUGUUCAUUCUUUGCACAAAAAGGAGCUCAGUGAGAUUAAUAGGUGGUGGAAAGAAGUAGACUUUGAAAAGAAGCUGCCUUUCGCAAGAAGUAGGAUCGUGGAGUUGUACUUUUGGGUAGUCGGAGUAUACUUUGAACCCCAAAACGUCGAAGCAAGAAAAUUUCUUACAAAAGUUAUUGCGCUGGUAUCAGUGAUGGAUGAUAUCUACGACGCAUAUGCAACGUUUGAAGAACUUGAGAUCUUUACUGGAGCAAUUGAGAGGUGGGAUAUGAGUUGCAUAGAUGAACUCCCAGACUAUAUGCAAAUAUUUUAUCGUACCAUUUUGACUGUUGUCGAUGAAAUUGAGGAAGAGAUUGCAAAGGAUGGAAGAUCGUACCGAGUUUAUUAUGCAAAGGAAUCUUUGAAAGCUGUAGCCCGAGCUUACUUUGAGGAGGCCAGAUGGUUCAAUGAAGGAUACACCCCAACCAUGGAUGAGUAUCUACCUGCUGCAAUAGUUUCUAGUGGUUACCCCAUGCUUUCAACUGUAUCCUUACUUGGCAUGGGAGAUAUUGUAACAAAGGAGACAUUUGAGUGGCUGUUCAAUGACGCAAAAAUUGUUAGAGCUUCCGCGACCCUUUGUAGGUUCAUGGAUGAUAUUGUCACAGGCAAGUUUGAGAAAGAGAGAGGCCAUGUUGCCUGUAGUAUUGAUUGCUACGUGAAGCAAUAUGGGGUGUCGGAGCAAGAGGCACUUGAUGCUUUGAACAAGCAAGUGGUGGAUCUGUGGAAGGACAUAAACGAGGAGUUUCUCAGACCAACUGCAGCGCCAAUGGCUGUUCUAAUGAGAGUUCUUAAUUUAACAAAAGUGGUAGAUCUCCUUUACAAAGGUGACGAUGGCUACACGCGUGUUGGUAAAGUGGUGAAGGAUAAGAUUGCUUCACAUUUUAUUGAUCCAGUGCCAAUUAUAUGA